AAGUGUUGUCGGGGAGUGGGGGAAGAAGCGCUGAGUGGCUGGAGUGGGGGAAUGCUGAGGAAGGGGACCCUGGGACAGCUGGGAGCCGAGUCAGAAUCAGGGCAGGAUGAGCCCUGGCAGCCCCAAAACCCCCUGAGUGAGCCAAAGCAGGGUCCGGGAGAGGGGGGAUCCCCAGGACCCACGGGCCCCCAGCAGCUCUGAGAAGAGGGACCCCCAUAACCCCAGAGUAAGGACACUGGAAACAGGGAAGCCCUGGGACAGUGUUUUUGGAGUCCUUCUUGAUUUGGAGGAUUUUAUGGACACCAGACAGACGGUAACUUCUGGAGAUGGACAGCAGGACCUUCAAAGCCAAUGCACUCACAGAAUGUCUUUCCCACACCAGGAAUUCCCAGUGCCAGACUUUGGCUGGGUAGAGGAGGAGAAGGCUGUGAGGAAGAGGAGGAUUCCUGCGGAUCCCCAGGCAGACAAGGAGCCCAGGGAGGACAAAUCUCCUCAGCAGAACCUCGUGGAAGAGGCUGUUUUGAGCGGCUCCAUGGCACAGGAAUGCAACGGGGAGGAAAAGCCGCGGAGAUCCCGCCCGAGGAGGGGCUCCAAACCCAUGCCAGGGUGCUCCGAGGAGGAAGGACCCACCCUGUGCCAGGAAGGCAGCCAGAGAUGUGGCCAGAGCUCUGAGCUGGUGGUGCAUGAACAGCUUCACAAUGGCAAGAAGCUGCACCAGUGCUCGGAAUGUGGGAAGAGUUUCUGUGCAAAGUCCAGCCUGGUCCGGCACCAGAAGAUCCACACUGGGGAACGGCGCUACGAGUGUGGGAAAUGUGGGAAGCGCUUCAGAGACACCUCUCGCCUGAUGAUCCACCUGAGAGUCCACACUGGGGAACGGCCCUAUGAGUGUGGGGAGUGUGGGAAGAGCUUCACUCAAUGCUCCAGACUGAUCAUCCACAAGAGGAUCCACACUGGGGAACGGCCCUAUGAGUGUGGGGAGUGUGGGAAGAGCUUCACUACGAGCUGCAAAUUGAUUGUCCACCAGAGGAUCCACACUGGGGAACGGCCCUAUGAGUGUGGGGAAUGUGGGAAGAGCUUCACUAGGAGCUGCAAAUUGAUUGUCCACCAGAGGAUCCACACUGGGGAACGGCCCUAUGAGUGUGGGGAAUGUGGGAAGAGCUUCACUCAGAGCUACAGCCUGAUCGUCCACCAAAGGAUCCACACUGGGGAACGGCCCUAUAAAUGUGGAGAAUGUGGGAAAGACUUCAGAAAGAGCUCCCACCUCAAACGCCACCAGAUUUUGUGCACUGGGAUAUGACACCCUGUGUGUGUGGGGAGAGCAGGAACAGCUUCUGUGACAGCUCUGGCCUGAUCAUGCAGCAGACAGUGCACACUGGGGAAUGCCCCUACACGUGCUCAGAAUGUGGGAAGAGCUUCAUCCAGCACUCCAAGCUGCUUGUCCACCGGCAGAUGCACACUGGAGAGAGGUCCUAACAGUGUCCUGAGUGUGGGAAGAGCUUUGUGCACUGCUUCAACUCCAUCCCCCGUUGGAGGAGCCCAUUGGAUGAUUCCCAGUGAGCCCCAUUGGGCAGAGCCUUGGGGAUCCACGGUCCUGGUGAUUCAUGGUGGGAAGACAGCUGGCUGGUGGUCUCCACAUCUUCCUGGCCCCCUGUGGGCACCUGGAUGCAAAAGGAGCUCAAGGGGACGUGGCCAUGGAUGGUGACAUGGACAUGGAUGGAGACAUGAGGGUGACAUGGACACGGGUGGGGACAUGGAGGGCCAAGAAUGGGGGCAUGGUGGGGAUACGGGCAUGGGUGGGGACAUCAGGGCACAUGGACAUGGGUGGGGACAUGGGCUGAACUUCCAGGGAAUGUGGGGGAUGAUGGGUUUGAGUGAACUCAGGGCUCUUGGGAGGGCCGUGGGGUGCUGUGUCAUGAAACUGAAAUUCCAGAUCGUCCCAGCGUGUGCCGUGGAUCCCAGAGGGGAAUUCCCAAGGCUCCCAGGGUGCCGGUUCUGCCCUGCUGCCCAGGGCAGCUGUGCCCAAGGGGCAGGUGACAAGGUCCUGAAGCUGUGUAGGCUGACAAAGCAGACAGCAAAGGUUGGUUUGCUGGACAUUUUCCAGCCCAUUGCCAGCUCCAAGCAGAGGGAAGAAGAAAAGGAAAGUGAGUCCCUGACAGAAUCCCAGAACCAUUGCAGUGGGAAGGGCCCCUGGCCGUGGGCUGCAGUGGCAGGAGGGAGAGACGCCUCUACCCCAGUGAGGUGCAAAUGAGACCACAGCACCAGAACCUCUGGAUUUUAUUGAAGAUGUGUUUAAUUGAAUGUUAUAAACAGUCAUGUAGUAGCUGGAUUUCACUGUAAUUUAUUUCCUUUAAUUAUAAAUUAGUAUUUUCCUGUGAAUAAAUAUGGUAAGUUCCACACUGCUUUGAAGUAGGAUAAUAUUUGUAAAUUCUUGUGAGCUGUUUUAAAGGGGAAGCAAGGCUUUCACAAGAUGUAAGUGCGCUUGCAAAGGAUGUAUUUUAAGAUAUAAUUAUUAUUGCAGUAUAUAUGUCCAAAUAGUAUAAAUGGAAUGCAAAAGAGCAUAAAAGGAGAAAUUGCAAAACCCCUUAAAGUGGCAUCUGAAGACCACCCUAGACCUCCAACGUGUUCAACUCUUGAAGUGUGCAAGGUUGCAGAAAAUCUGAAUUAAGAUUGUGGUCAACCAGCUCAAACUAAAUCUGCUGAGUCACUUGAGGAAAUAAUACAUCUGCAAUGGUAUAAAAGACUGCACACUGAAGCAGUGGGUGUGUACUGGCUUUGCGGGCACCUGUGUCUUUUGCUUUCUGUUUUAUCUCUCAUUAUGCUUUAUUAAAAUGCUUAGAAUUUUUC